AAUCUCCACGUUAUCUUCGUACAAUUUGUGGGUCUCUUACCAACAAGAACAACCAACCAAGCAUGGCUAUACUACUAUAGAACAACAACUUCACUUCUCAAACUGUCAGAAUAAUAUUUCAUACCUAUCCCAAUCCAAUUAUUCACCCUCUUCCUAUUUCACUCCCUCAUUCUCUCCUCACACAAUCCACACUCAUAACAAAACCCUCCCAAAAAUCAAAAUUGAAAUUAUUAACUUUUUUUUUCUGUUAUUCUUUCUCUCCACCACCAUGGCUACUACCAUAACAGAGCAAGACACCUCAUCACGUGCCCCGCACGUGCUCGAUUACGCCACCACUACAUCUGACGAGGAGACGGAACAGGACGAGGAGGAGGAGCUGGUGCCGGAGGAAAACGGCUUCGGGAACGGCGUACGGUGGUUUCCGGCGGCGAGCGGUUGCGGAGGGCGACGGAGCGGGGGAGGUGCGUUGGGUAGGGUUCUUGACCCGAGGGCGAAGUGGGUCCAGGAAUGGAACAGGGUUUUCCUGCUAGUGUGCGCCGCGGGGCUGUUCGUGGACCCUCUCUUCUUCUACGUGCUCUCCGUCAGCGACUCGUGCAUGUGCGUCUUCGUGGAUGGGUGGCUCGCUGUCACCGUCACGGUGCUGCGCUGCAUGACGGAUGCGCUUCACGUGUGGAACAUGGUUAUAAGGAGCAAGAUGGCGAAACGCACCUUCGGAUUGGGCGCCGCCACCGCUUCCGGCAGAGGAUCUUCAUCCUCCAUCGGACUCAGAGACACCCGACCGUGCUCCGUCGCCAUCGGUUAUCUCAAGUCACGGACCGGAUUCUUUUUUGACCUGUUUGUUAUUCUUCCUCUACCACAGAUUGUGCUUUGGGUGGCAAUCCCCUCCUUGUUGGAGAAAGGUUCUGUUACAUUGGUGAUGACAGUGUUCUUAAUUAUUUUUCUAUUCCAAUACCUUCCCAAAAUUUAUCAUUCGGUUUGCCAUCUGCGACGCACGCAAAACCUCUCUGGCUACAUUUUUGGAACAGUUUGGUGGGGAAUCGCCCUUAACAUGAUCGCAUAUUUUGUUGCUUCUCAUGCAGCAGGGGCGUGCUGGUACUUGCUGGGGAUACAAAGGGCAGCCAAGUGUCUCAAAGUGCAGUGUGCGAAAACAAGUGGUUGUGGCAUGAAAAUCCUGUCUUGUCAAACGCCUAUAUAUUACGGAAGCAACAGUUUGCUAGUUAGGGAUAAGGCAAGGUUGGCUUGGGCAGAGAACAGGGAAGUGAGACACACAUGCCUAAAUGGUCCUGACAGCUACAACUAUGGAGCUUAUAGAUGGACUGUUCAGCUUGUCACAAACGAUAAUCGAUUGGAAAAGAUACUUUUCCCUAUCUUCUGGGGCCUAAUGACUCUCAGCACUUUUGGAAACCUAGAGAGUACAACUGAAUGGCUAGAAGUAGUUUUCAACAUCAUUGUGCUGACCAGUGGCCUUCUUCUUGUCACUAUGUUGAUUGGAAACAUCAAGGUAUUUUUGCACGCAACAACGUCAAAGAAGCAAGCAAUGCAAUUGAAGAUGAGGAAUAUUGAAUGGUGGAUGAGAAAACGACGCUUGCCGCUAGGGUUUAGGCAGCGCGUGCGUAACUAUGAGAGGCAGCGUUGGGCUGCCAUGCGUGGGGUUGAUGAAUUCGAGAUGACUAAAAAUCUCCCUGAGGGAUUAAGAAGAGACAUCAAGUACCAUCUUUGUCUAGACUUGGUGAGACAGGUGCCUCUAUUUCAACACAUGGACGAUCUGGUUCUAGAGAACAUCUGUGACCGUGUGAAGUCUCUGAUAUUCACAAAGGGAGAAACAAUAGCUAGAGAAGGAGACCCAGUUCAGAGAAUGCUAUUUGUAGUAAGGGGUCAUCUUCAAAGCAGCCAAGUCCUAAGGGAUGGUGUGAAGAGUUGUUGCAUGUUAGGUCCAGGAAACUUCAGUGGGGACGAGCUCCUUUCGUGGUGUUUGAGGAGGCCUUUCAUAGAACGCCUUCCGCCGUCUUCAUCCACACUCAUCACGUUGGAAACCACCGAGGCGUUCGGCCUUGAAGCCCAGGACGUGAAGUAUGUGACACAACAUUUCAGGUACACAUUUGUUAAGGAAAAGGUGAAGAGAAGUGCAAGGUAUUACUCACCAGGGUGGAGAACUUGGGCUGCUGUGGCCAUUCAAUUGGCAUGGAGGAGGUACAAGCAUAGGUUGACUUUGACUUCAUUGUCCUUUAUAAGGCCCAGGAGACCUUUGUCACGGUCUUCUUCCAUCGGAGAGGACAAGCUUCGCCUCUACACAGCUUUGUUAACCUCCCCAAAGCCUAAUCAGGAUGAUUUUGACUUUUGAGAACAUGAUAUAUAUGGAUGUGGCACACAGGUGUCGAAUUUUAUUGUUUUGAUUGAUCUUAUUGGUAGAAAAUAAAGAAAAAAUGCAUGCAUUAUUAUUGUU